UAUCUUUAUUGAUGAUUCAUGUAUGGGCAUAAAUCACAUAUAUGCAAAUUUUUGUCAAUUUUUUUAAUCAUUUCAUUUUUUUUUGUUCGCCUACCAUUUCGACCACCUACCCUCAUAUUAAACAUUUUUCUUGAUUCUCUAUUCCUUUUUUUUGUUACCAUCAUCCAUUGAAUUCACCAGAAUUAUCUAUCCCAUUAAAAAAAAAAAUAAAACAAACUUUUCAAGGAAAAACCAAGAAAAAAAAGAAGAAAGUGAUUGGUGAUUAUAAUAUACGGCUGACCGACCGGCUGCUAUUAUAGCUACAGCUGACAAAAUCCUCAGAAACAACAGUCAAUUCUUCACCAUUGCUGCCAUUACUUUGAUUCGAUAAACAUCCAUAAACAAAACAAAAAAAAUGUACGAAUCUAAAUGGAAACGAUUCUUGGUUGUUGUUGUUGGCCUAUUAGAGAUACUUAUCUUCAGUGGUACGAUACUUGGUUGGACAUCAUUAAAAUUGAUGCUUAAAAAUGAAGGAAUCUAUGAUUAUCUUUGUGAUGAUAAUAAUAUUACUGAUACAACAUCAUCUACAACAAAAAUAAUGCCAUCAUCAUCAUCGGUCAUUAUUGAUAAUGAUGAUGAAAUGUUAAUGGCAUCCGAAUCAAAUAUCCCGUUGCCUUAUAGACCACGUAAUCAAACAAAAGCUAUCAAUUCAUCAACAAUCAAUAGUGCCAUUAUCAAUCAUAAAUUGUUUUCAUCAUCAUCAUCAUCAACAUUAAAACGAUUACCAAAAAAUUUUACUUUGAAAGUAAAUUUCACAUUAGUCAAUAAUGAUUCACCGAAUAUUAAUGAUAAUGAUGAUGAUCAUCAUCAAACUGUUAUAGUCAUACCGUUUGAAACACAAGGUACAUAUAACCAUAGUUUCAUCUAUCAAUUAUUGAAUGAUUCAUCAUUGAUAUUGAAAUCCAAUGCUAAUGAUGAUUUUGGUGUCAUCAAACUGGUAACCGAUCCAUCUAAAUCGAAAUCAACAUUUGAAAAUUAUUUGGAUUUAUAUUUACGAGAAAAUUUUCAGCCAUCAUUAUCAUCAACGAUAAUGAAUCAUGGUUGUAAACAACAAGAAGUGACACUUAAUCUUGCCUUUUCUAUUGGAUCAUUCUGUAUGGGUGCUGCUGCAUUUAUAUGGGGAUUUUUACUAGAAAAACUAGGCCUACGAAUCGUUCGUUUAGUAAUCAAUGCCAUGUUUGCAUUAGGCGCAUUUAUUCUUUGUUUCAUUGCUAGAGGAAGAGAUUGGCUACUAUUUCCGGCUUUAUUAAUAAUGUCGUUAAGUGGUGUACCGAUUCGUAUAGCCAAUAUGCAGAUAUCGAAUCUAUAUCCAUCAAAACGAUCGACAAUCAUAUCGAUAUAUUCCGGUGCAUUCAGUGCAUCAUCAAUUAUCUAUGUUAUUUUACAAUAUAUUUAUGAUACUGGUGGUGUACAUUUUUUCUGGGUACAAUUCAUUUUGGUCAUACUAAGUCUGGCUACAAUACCGUUCACAUUGUUCGUAUUGCCAAACGAUAAGGUUCGAGAGCCGAAUAACAAUAAAGUUACGAAUGUUGAUUAUAAACACGAUCAACGUAAUAAUAUCAUUUAUCCUGCAAAUAUUGAUGGUCUAUUAUUUCCAAAUAAAAAAUCAAUAGCUGUAGAGAUUAAGCCAUCAAUUCAGUUACAGAAUUUUAAACCACUUGGAUCACCUACAUUGAUGAGGAAAAAAAUCAAUGCAAGCUUUGUGAAUGAAGCAUUUGAACCUGAUCAAAAUCAAUCGACUGAAAUUGUAAAUUCUCAAUCGCAUCCAUUAUCACCGGUAUUGAAAAAAACACCACCACUUCGUAUUUCUCUUCGUACAUUUCCAUAUAAUCUUCAUCAGCUUUGGUUCUCUUGGAUGAUCACCUACAUGGUUAUGUAUGUUGGAUCAUUAGAUCUUUGGACUAAACGUGUUACAGAAGAUCGUUCAAGCCAAUCAUUAUUUCUUAACAUAUAUGGACUUGUUCAAGUACUUGCUCUGGUUGUUUCACCCAUUGCUGGUCUAUUAAUGGAUUGGCAAUUGAGUAAAACAAUGGACGAAAAAGAUCCAUUGGAAAAACGAAUACGACAAGCACAAUCCGGAUUCUGGCCAUUAUUCAUCACAUCAUUUACAUUGCUUAUUUGUGUUGUAUGCCAUUAUUUUGAUCGUGAAGAAUUUAUCUAUGCAUCCAUUGUUUUUAUUACUAUUUAUCGUUCAUUUUUAUUAGCUGUCGGUUCAGCAUUUUUAAGAAUUCGAUUUCAUGCCGAUCAUUUUAAUCAAUUAUUAGGUAUAAUGAGUUCGGUUAGUGCUGUGAUCUCAUUACUUCAGAUACCAUUAUAUUCAUGGGAAAAGAAUUCUGAAUCGAACGUCAUUUAUGUAAAUAUUGUGAAUACGGCAAUUGCUUUUGUGGUCAUGAGCAAUCCAAUCUAUCUGUUAAUCACACCAUUACAACGAUAUUUUGUACGCAAAGAAAAUGAUCAAAUGACAAAAUUUUCAAAUACUUAAAAAAAAAAAAAUUUAAAUUUUUUUUUCUCAAAAAAAUUA